AUGGCAUAUAAAAUAGAAGCUCCAGGCCACAAAAUAGACUUCCGUUCUUCGUUCUUCUCUGGGAAACGAAAGCAGCACGUCGCAAACGAAAGCAGCAAGUCGCCUCCAUUCUCCGGCGACUUCAUUCUCUGUCGACUUCAUUCUCCGGCGACUUGCAUUCUUCUCCAGCCGCCUCCAGUUAGAUAUGGAAUCAAGGGAAGCACAACCAUCGCAAGCACAAUCUCAAGCUCAAUCCCAUUCUUCGGUUCAAUCAAAUGUGGUGGUGGAAUAAACAGGGUUAAGAAACAUCUUGCUGGUAUUAAAGGUGAGGUAGUAGCAUGCUCAAAAGUUAGUCCAGAAGUGCGGUUUACAAUGCAAGGAAAGUUGAAAGAGACUGCCCAAAAAGAAAAAGAAAAACGCACCACUAGUGUUACUAUCUUGGAUGAUGAUGAAGAGAUGGAGGAAAUAGAAAUGUCAACUGUGAAAAAGGGUAAAAGGAAAUCUACUUCAAACUUGCAUCCAUUUUUUACAAAAGAUAAAAUAGCAAGUAUUGGUUAUGGGUACAAAGCACCUAAUUAUCAUGCUCUGAGGGUUAAUUUAUUGACAGAUGCAAAAAAGUCAGUUUCAUUGCUAAUUGAUUCGUUAAGAAGCCAAUGGGUUGAUACAGGUUGCACAAUUAUGAGUGAUGGGUGGAGGGAUGUUUCACAACGACAUUUGAUUAAUUUCUUGGUUUAUUGUCCGAAAGGGAUAUCAUUUCUUAAAUCUGUUGAUGCAUCUGAUAUAGAGAGCAAUGCUACAAAUUUGUGUAAUUUGUUUGCUGAGAUUGUUGAAAUGGUAGGAGAAAAAAAUGUGGUUCAAAUGGUAACUGAUAAUGCUGCUAAUUACAAGCUUGCUGGUACUAAGUUAUGUGAAAGAUAUCCUUCUAUUACUUGGUCUCCAUGUGCAGCGCAUUGUCUUAAUCUUGUAUUAAAGGAUCUUUCAGAAUUGGAUAAUGUGAAAAGUUUGGUCAGUCUUGCAUCGAGGGUUACUAUUUUUGUUUAUAAUCAUAAGUGGACGUUGAAUUGGUUAAGAAAAAGACCCGGUUGGAAAGAAAUUAUCCGUCCAGGUGCUACUCGGUUUGGUACCGUGUUCAUAGCAUUGCAAAGUUUGUAUGACCAUAAAGAAGAUUUACAAGCAAUGGUCAUAUCUAAUGAGUUUAAGAAGAUGUUGAAAGUGGGAAAUGCGGUUGAAUGUAAACAGAUUGUCUUGAAUGAAAUCUUUUGGAAGAAUUGUUUGAUUACAGUGAAAGUAAUGACUCCUUUGUUAAAGCUUUUGCGGUUGUGUGAUUCAGAUGAAAAAUCUGCAAUUGGUUAUGUUUACGAGGGAAUGCGUCGGGCAAGAAGAGGGAUUAAGGAAUUGUUUAAGAAGAAGAAGGAAUUAUAUAGGCCUUACACUAACAUAAUUGAUAGCCGUUGGGAUAGGAUGUUAAGAAAAAGUAUUUAUUGUGCGGCUUAUUGGUUGAAUCCUGUUUUCCAAUAUGAUCAUGCAAAUCUUUGUAAGAAAAAUGAGGUGUUUCAAGGCGUUCUUGAAAUGGUUGAGAAGACUUUUAAAGAUGAGUGGUGGAAGUUAUUUGGCGGAGAUAUUCCGGUUUUGCAAAAGUUUGCUAUUAGAAUAUUAAGGCAAACGGCAUCCUCUUCCGGUUGCGAACAUAACUGGAGUGUAUUUGAAAGGAUUCACACGAAACGGAGGAAUAGAUUGGAACAUCAAAGGCUAAAUGAUCUUGUAUUUGUUCAUUACAACUUGCGUUUACAAAAUAGAUUGAAGGUUGAUAUGAGGUCUUACGAUCCUGUUGACUAUGAAAAUAUUGAUAAGACGGGAUUUUGGGUGGUUGAAGAAGAGCGGGAAGGAGAACUUAAUUAUGAUGAUUUGGAAAAUAUGCUUGAUGAGCAAGAGCAUGAACUGGCUUCUGAAUCACAAGGUGACCAUGUUGAUCAUGAAGUUGAUAGUGAAUUUCAAUUACUAAGUGACCGCGAGAUCGAUGCUUAUAAUACUCCAAUUUCUCAAGAUCCAUGA